AUGGUCUUUAAGCCCAAAUCAAACGUGAAAAAUCAAACUUUCAACAAUGAUUCAAGUGCUUCAUCUUGGUUCUUAGGUUUAUCAAAUUCUGUACCACGAAAUAAUAAAAUAUGGUUAAACAUUAAGAGGAAAUUUAAUGUCAAGAUCCUUUCUUUAAUCACAACAUUCAUAUUGACACUAUACAUUUUUUCAAAAUUGUUUUAUCCUUCUUCAAUAUCAUCACGUUCAUCACAUACUCCAGAACAUGGAUUGUAUAUACAUGAAUUACCUGCUUCAAGUCGUUUAAUUUUCCCUCAUGUGGAACAUGCCCCCGUAUUAAAAGAGGUUGGUAUCAAUAGUCUCUAUAUCCAAAGACAUGAAAUGGAUGGUACCAAAAAAUUUGUAUUAAAACCAGAUGAUAAACCAUUAACAGAUGAUGAAAAGAAAAAGACAAAUGAUCAAGUUCUUCUAGUGAAAAAAUCAUUCUUAGAUCAUGGGAAAUUAGUAUACCGUAAGAAUUCAGCUGAACCAGAAAUUGUCAUUGUAACAUUAAUUGAUUUCGAAAAUUAUGAAUUAGAAUCUAUAGUGAAGAUUGUUCAAAAUAGAGUAGAUUAUGCUCAAAAACAUAAAUAUGGUGUUUACAUUCGUUGGGCUCAAGAAUUUUUACCCCUAGUGGAAAAUCAAAACGUUUUAGAAAGUUAUGAUAAAUUUAAACCAAUUGUAAUGAGAGCUGCUAUGCAUGCAUUCCCUAGAGCUAAAUAUAUUUUCUAUGUGGAUAAAGAUUCUUUAAUUAUGAAUCUAGAUCUUUCAUUGCAAAGAAAUUUGUUGGAACCCUCUGUUUUAGACUUGGGAUUAUUGAAAAAUGUUCCUGUCAUUCCACAAUCGAAUAUUAGAACUUAUAAUCACUUCAAUCCAGAAGAUGCAAGUAUUAUUAUACCACAAAGUUCUGACGGUGUCCUGGAUUCAAGUUCCUUUAUAAUAGCAAAUGAUCAAUUUGGGAAAGUAUUUUUGGAAUAUUUAAAUAAUCCACUUAUAGUUAAUUUCGAUUGGGCAAAUUUACAUGCUGCAAUGGGUCACGUUCUUCAAUGGCAUCCAACGCUUUUGAAAAAAACUGGACUUGUCAUACCAAAAUUAUUAGCCAGUCAAUAUGAUUCUACUAGAAGUAUUGAUAAAGCAUCCUCAGAUUCAUACCAUUAUACAACUGGAGAUUUAAUAGCUUCAUUGAAAGGUUGUAAAGAAAGAAAUAGUUGUGCAAGAGAUAUUGACACAUUAUACUCCAAAAUCAAAAAGAGGUAG